AUGUUCUUGGAGAACGACAUCCAAGAUCUGCAGGAGAUGCUGUGCGUGUCCGACAACUCCAAGGCGGCGGCCCUCUUCGUCGAGCGCGUUUGGCAGGCGCUGGGUGUCCUCGCGCAAGCCUUCUCCUUGGAGAGCCCCUGCUACCAGGACGACGAGACACCGGCGUCGGCCAAGACGUUCCCGGAGGAGACGGCUUCGGCGGGCAUCGACGAGUGGACGACCCCCUCCCCGCUCCGCAAGAUCGAGCGCAAGGGCAAGCCCAGCCUGGUCGACUGCUCCAAGAACACCACUCCGAUGGACCCACCGACGGCCCCCAACGGCGUCACCAAAAGUGUCCCGGCUCUCACGCCGGCGGCGACCGGCGGCGCGCUGCUGCCGUCGAGCGAGGAGUUUCCGGACACCACCUGCUACCCGGGCCUGCCCACGCCGAUGGCGGCGGGGAAGAGCGGGCCCGCGUCGGCCCGCAGCGGCUCCGGACCGGGCUACGUGGACGGCGUCGAGGCUGCAGUCCGCCGGCUGGGCGAGAGCGUCAGCUACCAGGCUGCGCCCGCCGACGGCGAGAAGUCGCCGUCGCCGGGAGUCCCCACCUCCGGCGGCAUUGCGCCCGUGGCGCCCAAGCCCCUGAGCGCGGUCGCGGGCGCGGGGCAGGCUGAGGCCGAGGCCGCCAAGGAGCGCGAGCACUGGGAGGGGCGGCUCAAGAAGGCGAAGGCCGCGCUCGAUCUCAUUGCCGAGCAACGGGAGAAGUGGGCGGACUUGCAGUCGCGGCGCUCGGGGAAGUGCCGGCGCAAGGCCAUGCGCUGCCGCAACAACCCCAAGUUUGGCAAGGCAAAGGGCAGGCGCAAGUCUGGCAAGGCAAAGGGCCGCGGCCGCCGCCCGAACUGGCGCCGCGAGCCGCAGACCACGUCCGGCAAGGCGCCAUUCGCCGCUGGCACGUGCGGCGCCGGCGCUGGCACGUGCGGCGCCGGCGCUGGCACGUGCGGCGCCGUCGCUGGCACAUGCGGCGCCGGCGGUCGCGCCGCCCUCAAGGCGGCGGCCAACUGCGUGCAGGGCGGCUACACGAAGGCCGAGGGCGCCUUCCGGUGGCUGCUCCUCGUCUGCAUGCCCGCCUUUGGCCACUGCGCGUCCGCCGUGCCUAGCCCGACGGCGGUGGCCUCGUCCUUCUCGUCUGCCGUCGCCUCGGCAGCCUCCGUCGCCUCGGCGGCGUCCUCUGACUUCUCAUCCGGCGUCGCCUCGGCGGCGUCCUCGGCCUUCUCGCCCGCCGUCGCCUCGACGGCGUCCUCGCUCGUGAGCUGCUCGCCGCUUCUCAUGCCCGCAAUCGUGCUCAUCCUCCUCGCCAUCGCCUGCGGCGCCAUCGGCACGGUGAUGUGGCGCCGCAACUCAAAGGCCCGAAGACGGCCCGACCGCCCGACCGACCCGAAGACGGCCCCAACCGGCGUCACCACAAACGCGCCGGCUCUCAAGCCGGUCACCGAAGACGCGCCGGCUCUCGAGCCGGUCACCGCCGGCGGCGCGCCGCUGCCGUCGAUCAAGGAGCUUCCAGCGGCGAGCGCCGCGCACUCUGCGCCGCGCGUCGGCCUCCUUCACUUGCACCCCGCUUUCAUUGCGCAGGGCGACGCCGACUGGACCGUCUCGGCCAAGGAAUUUCCGGGGGUGAAGCCCGCCACGGCGCCGAUCGGCUCGUACGCUGCGGGUAUCUCCGACCGGACAACCCCGUCGAACCCGCGCCGCAAGAAGGGGCGCAAGGGCGCAUCCGCCCCGAUCGUCCGCACCAAGAACACCACCCCGGUCGGCGGCAGCAACAGGUUCGGGGCCUUGCUCGGAACGGACGGCGACGAGGGCAUCCUCGGUGGCACCGGCAAGGGCGCGACGGUCAACGUCGAGACGACCACGAUUACCACGGCCGGGGGCUCUACCUCCGGCCGGUUCUCGUGGCCAAAGUCCUACAACUUGCUCCGCCUGUUUGGCAUCCUCGCGCUCUGCCUCGGAGCCGCGUUUGCGCACUUCUCGUACUCUGCCACCUCGCUCCUCUCCUCGCAGCGGUACGAGUCCCCGACUUCCUUUCCCGCAGUCACAACGCCGUUCACGCUCAACGGCUUCUGCGAGAUUGGCGGCAACGACACCAGCUCGUUUGCAGCCAUCGUGUCGUCGGACAGCGUGCCCGCCAACCACCCGGGCGGAUGCGACGAGGGGCGCUUGUGGGAAGCACUAAUGGACGAGAUCGACGAGGCGGUGGGCGAGCCGUUGCACCUGAUUGGCGAGCCGCCGGCGUCCGUCAAGGGCGUCCACGAGAAGCCGCCGGCCGAGGCCGACUUGGAGACCGUCCCGGCCUCGCGCAACAGCAUGGAGCGCAAGGGCGAGCCUGAGAUCGACUCUGUCGGCCCCGUCCACAGCAACAGGACGGGGAUCAUCGCUCGGGGACGCGACACCGUCUUGCCCGUGAACGACACGUCGCCCGAGUCGCGGCCCGCCGACGCUCGGAAGCCUGGGAUGCUGGAGGUGCGGAAGCUGGUCGAGACUGGCCUCGGCGCGCCCGUCUCUGGCAUGCACGCCGGCGGCGAGUGGCGGGCGAACGACGGAUUGGCGAACGCUUCUCGAGUCCCGACCAAGGAUUCUGUCAAGACCGAGGCGCCGCCGGAUGCGGCGUACGCCCCUCUCGCGACCCUUGAGGCGUCCAUCGGCCUCCUGGUCGCCCCGCUCGGCCCGCCAACGACAAAGCCGGCGGACGUCGGGCGAGCGGCAGCGCCCCAGCACCUCCUCUUCCUCCAGAGCGACCGGGCCAUCGAUGCGCGUCUGACGGCCGCGCUGGGGGAGUUUGCGUGUCCCGCAGAGCUCCGCUCCACCCGGAUCUCCGACUCGAACGCGGUCGAGUCCGAUCUCUUCUCCGUCUCAAGCAGGUGCGCCGACUGGCAGCGCGCCUGCGCCUCCUUUGCCCGCACCAACUCCUCGCUGCUCGAGGUGCGCACCCGCCGCCCCGCCACGGCGGAACGGCGCUUUGCGCUCGAGUCCGAGGAGCCACCAGGCUGCUGGGCCGCCUCUAGCAAGGCCCAGGCGUCGCUGCCCAUCCCGGCCCAGUGGUCCGAGACUGAGGCGGUGCCCAUGAUUCUGCCGGUUCCGCCAAAGACCGUUCCGCCAAAGACCGAGGUGUCGGAGGAGCAGCGCAGCGAGGCGUCGCUGGAGGAGCUAGCGCGGCGAGCGGAGGUCUGCGCCACUCAGAUCGCCGACUCAAAGACGGCCGAGUCGACCGAUCUCUUCUCAAUUUCAAGUGACCUCGCCGGCUCGCGGCCACGCUGCGUCUCCUUCAACUGCGCCGACUCUACCACGCUCGAGUUCGAGCAGGGCGAGCUAGAGUGGGCGGACCAGGCGAGCCGCGCUGUUUGCUCGCCGUGCCGCCGCGUUCCUAUCGUUCCUCUGGCCCAAGCCAUAUCACGUGCUUCUUCCAGCGUGCCUGACGGACUGUCGCACGCGCUUGCCUUUCCACAGGCCGACAUCUUCACGGCCGAGACGGACACGGCCGGCAGCUCUCCCUGGCCCCUCCUCAUGAGUGCCCUCAUUGGGUGCCUCGGCGUCUCUGUCGUGGCGCUGAGUUGGAGAGGCUCCACGGCUAGCAAGACCGGCCCCGACAAGGUCCAGAAGCGCUCGAGGCGCGCCAAGAAGAUCGAGGGCAUGGCACCGACUGGCAGCACCCAGAUCUUCUUCUACUUCUUCUGCUUUGUCGCAAUGGUCGGCCUGUGCGGCGUGACCUACGAGGCCUCGAUCGCGAGGUACACUCGGUGGCGCGGCGCCAUGUUGGGCCUCCUAUCCGUCAACAGCAUCGUGCCCGAGUCGUGUCCCGCCGACGCCGCUGGGAAGGCCCGGCGGGUUGUCGAGACGGGCCUCGUCGGCGCGGUAGCUUUGCGGCUCGGCGGAAUCGCCUCGCUCGAGCCAUCCGCCGCCCAAGUCCGCGUGGCCGCCGCCGCGCUGCUACUCGGCAGGGCGGCCGCGUCUCCGCCGCCUCUGUCCCCGCCCCCGCCGCCACUGUCCCCGCCUCUGUUCCCGCCUCUCUCUCCGCCGCAGCCGCCUUCGCCGCCGCCGGCGCCGGCGCCGCCCUUUCCGCAGUCGCCGCCGUCCUUGCCGCCAUCUCCGUCGCCUUCUUCGCCUCCGCCCUCACCGGCGCACCCGCCCAAACCUCCGCCGCCGGCGGCGCCGCCGCUGUCGCCGCCGCCCUCUCCGCCGCCGCCGCCGCUGCCGCCGCCGCCGCCGUCCUCUCCGUCACCGCCGCCGCCGCCGCCGUCGCCGCCACCGCCGCCGCCGCCGCCGCCCUCGCCACCGUCGCCGCCGUCUCCGCCACUGCCGCCGCCGCCGUUGACGUGCGUCUGGGGGGCCUCUGCUGUGGCGUCGUCGCAGUUCGACUCUACCUGCAUAAAAGGGAGCAGCUGGAACGCGUGUGAGGCGACCGGCGAGCCAGACGUCGCCCCCAGUUGCGGUGAUGCCCGCGGCGCGUGGGCACCCGCAGGUACCGCUGACACCGCAGAAUGGCUCGAACUGACGUUUGGCAACCUCUAUGAGGUCCACCAGCUCUACAUCUUCGAGACGUUCAGGGCGCCGUUCGUGACCAAAGUUGAGGCCACGUCCUCCUUCGUAGCAGGUAGCAUUACGAUCUGGGAGCAGACGGACACGACGGUUUGCGGCGAGGCCCUCGAGGUGGUCGUGCUUGGCGGCGUGCUCGCCGAUACGAUCAAGAUCUGGACGCAGGUCUCUGGCUGGGAGGAGAUCGAUGCGGUGCAGAUGUGCGGCCUCGUUGUUCCGCCGCCGCCGCCCGCGCCGCCUUCUCCGUCGCCCCCACCGUCUCCGUCGCCCCCACCGACAUCUCCGCCGCCGCCGCCGCCAUCGCCGCCCUCUCUACCGUCGCCGCCCUCUCUGCCCCCACCCUCACCGCUGCCGCCGUCACCGCCGCCGCCGCCUCUAUCUCCGCCGCUGCCGCCCUCUCCGCUGUCGCCGCCCUCUCCGCCCCCCUUGCCUCCUGCUCCGCUGCCCUCCUUGCCCCUCUUGCCUCCUGCUCCGCCGCCCUCCUUGCCGCCGCCGCUGUCGUGUACAUUUGUCCUCACCGCGACGCGGACGGCCAGUAGCAUCUUGCAGCUCUCCGAGCUACGGCUCUUCGAGGGGCCCACGCAGCUCAUCAUCGCGACGCUCAGCGUCCCCGGUGGCAGCAGCCCUGCCAAUGAGGAGAUCACCAACCUCGUCGACGGCCUCACAAGUACAAAGUGGCUCGACUUCCGGACCUCGGGCAGCCGCACGAUCAUCUUCACCAUCGCCGGCGCACCCUUCAUCACCGGCUACCAGCUGUACACCGCCAACGACGCCAUCGAACGAGAUCCGACGUCGUGGGCACUCACCUGUGAUGAUGGGACGGCGGACAGUGUCUCCUCCUACUCGCCGCCGACCGCCAGGUUCACCUCAUACGGGCUUGCGGCUUUCCGCAGCAUGCCGCCGCCUCCGCCUCAGAGGCCGCCGCCCUCACCGCCCUCGCCGCCCUCGCCACCAUCGCUGCCGCCGUCGCCGCCGUCGCCGCCGUCGCCGCCGUCGCCGCCGUCGCCGCCGCCGCCGCCGCCGCGCCCACCGCUAAGGCCGCCUUCGCCACCACUGCCCCCUCCGCCGCCUUGGACGGGUUUCGUCGAUAACUGGCGGCUGGUUCGGCGUGUUCAAAGCGGCACUACGUGGCAUCCAGCCACCGAUGGGCUGAUGGGAACUGACGUCUACGGCACUCCAUGUGGGCCCUCCGACUCGUGCACUUUCUCGAUUGAUUGGUCAAACGUCCCCUUCACGCACUUCCUCUUCGCGACGGGUGAUGCGGCAAAGUGGCUCAUCUGCACCAGAGACGCCGCCAUUGGAACUACGUACAGUAAUUCUCGUCGACCGAUCCUUGCAUCCUCCACCAACAGCGACAGCUAUUAUGCGCGGUGGUACAACCGUGGUGCGUCAUACAACCGUGAAGACCCAUGGAUUUCCCUCGUCGACCACGGGGAUGCAAUACCUGCGGGUGAUCUGCUGUACGGAGGAGCCAGCUCUGGCAUGCGUGGCGAAUCCGUCUUGCCCAACAACAACGGUGCCAACGUGUACAUUGGCGCCAUCCGUCCGCCCCCCCCACCUCCGACACCGCCGUCCUUGCCGUCUCCGCCUUCAUCGCCGCCGUCUCCGCCGUCACCGCCCUCCCCGCCCUCCCCGCCCUCCCCGCCGCCUUCUGCUCCCCUCGCGUGGUCCUGCCCGUUCGACAACUCGAUAGAUUGCAGCGGCGCUGCCGUAUGCAACGACGCCACGUAUACCCAAGCGUUAGGGUUAGGGUUGGCCCAAGAGUACCUGCAGCUGACGCCCGCGUCCAACGGAAAGAACGGCUUCGUGCAACUACCAUCUGCGAGGUACGCGGGAUUCAGCCUGACGUUGGAGUACUUCUUCACAAGCCAUUCCGGAGCUGACGGGGUGGGCAUCGUGUACUGGCCGUGCCCCACCAGCGCGCCCUCGUGCGCGGAUUGGAACCAUGCGUGGGAGAAACCUGAGUACUUCAUGGGCGACACGGGCGGUCUUGCGUGGGGCCUGAGCGAGUGGCAGGGAAAAUCCCGACUCGCGCACGGCGGGACGAUUGACGAGGUCACGUGGAACGAUCAGAUGUACGGCGGGGCAUGGCACAGCCUAGCCCUUACGUACGAUGGCGCUCGUCUGAGCGGCUCGAUCGACGGGACGUUGAUCCAUGAGAACAGCGUGUCGACUGCACCGGUCAUGCACGACUGGUGCAUCGUCGUGGGUGCACGGACUGGCGGAGCCAACAACGAGCACUCAAUCAGGAACCUGCAGUUGAACGCGUGGGGCUUCCCUCCAGCACCCCCCUCGUCGCCGCCGCUGCCGCCGCUUCGCCCAUUUGCGCUGCCGGCUGGUGCGAACGCGUGGUACCGAAUGGGCGAGUUUGACCUCACCGAGGGCACCUGGCCGGACGCGAGCGGCAGCGGCAACGCUGCGACGCUGUCCGGCUACGGAUUCUCACGGGUUCGCGAGAGCGGCAACGGGUCGCCAGGGUUCGUGACUGCGCUGAAAGGCGGCACGUCUUCGGUGGUCCGGUUCGGACCCGGCCGCAUCAUCGAGAGCGAGUUCACCAUCUGCUCGGUGACGAGGUACACCGGAGGGCUCAAGGGCCGGAUCCUUAACGGGGGCGACGUCAACUGGCUCCACGGACAUCAUGCUGGUGACGUCGGCGUGGCGCACUACCACGGCUGGAAAACCGCCGAGACCGGAUCGCAGCUAAAGCUCUCCCCCGACACGGACUGGCUCGUCAUGUGUGGCACGAACGCGGGAUCGCAGCUAAAGCUCGCGAACGACGUGGACGUGGGCACAUCAGAUGGCGGCUCAGGCGGCACCUCGCUCUGGAUCAACGGCGGUCUAUAUGCGUCACAAAGCUCCGACUUUGCCAUCGCGGAGCUCAUCGUGUGGCCGCGCGGGCUGGCGACCGACGAGAUGUACGCGGCAGCGUCCCAUCUGAGCGGCAACGGCGUGCGCAGCAGUUCGUCAGUCAGUUUGGGAGCAGACUACACCAACGCUGGCGGCUGCUGCCGCGCGAUCCCCGGCCUCACUGCGAGGAGCCUCUUGAUGAGCGAGUUUAGCGCCAUCAACGUGGAGCAGGAGUUCAGCAUCUCGUUCACCCUGCCGCAGGAUGCCACCACGCUCGAGGUUGCCGCCUACGCCUCCACUCCCGUCAUUCCCGUCACCCGUGCCGCCCGCGCCGCCCGUGCCGAAUGCACUACCUCCGCCUCCGCCGUCUCCGCCAGUGAGUCCACGCCCACCUUCUCCGACGCCAGUGAGCCCCCCCCCCCCUUCUCCGACGCCGUCUCGACCAACGCCUCAAAGUCCGCCGCCAGGCGGGCCGCCCGCAUCGAGUCCGAGGUCGGCUUGCAGCCCAAGUUCAAGAUCGUCGUCGGCUUCUACCAGGUGAGCAGCAUCCUCGGCCUCGUCUACGGCGUCCGCCUCGACGAGCACUUCACGCGCUGGCUCGACGUGCUCAAGCUGUUCAGCCUGGACCUGUUUGGCGUCGCCAUCCCCGGCAGCUGCAUCGGAGCCAUGAGCAAGCGGCUGCUCGUCGCAGGCAUCUGGCCGUACGCCGCCGUCGCCUUCGUAUCGCUCGCCAUUGUGGCGGUGGCGGCGGUCCUCAACAACAAGCAGACAUUCGACCGCAACCUCGUUGCCCGCGUGCUCUACUGGGCGAUCUUCACCUUCUACCUGGUGCUGCCUUCCGUCUCGCGCUCCAUCUUCAGCGCGAGGCUGUGCGAGUCCUUUGGCUACGACGACGCCACAGGCCAGCGCAUCAGCUACCUGCUCGCCGACCCGUCGCUCACGUGCGACGCCGGGCCGACGUGGGACGACGAGACGAGCGGACUCGCGCCGUACUUCUGGGCCUUCUUCGCCCUCUGGCCCGUCCUCGUGCCGCUCGGCUUCAUGGCGCUGCUGCUCCGUGUCCGCAAGCCCGUGGCUGCGCAGCGCGCAACGCCGCUCUCUCGUGCGACGAGCUUCCUCUGGCGAGACUACUCUGCCCGCUUCCUCUUCUGGGAGGUGCUCGACCUGCUCCGCAAGAUCUUCCUCACCUCGAUGGUGCUCUUCAUCGAUCAGGAGUACGGCUCCAGGAAGCUGCAGCGCACCGUGGUCGCCGCCAUCGUCUCGGCCACGUUUCUCACUCUGUUAGCGCUCGCCCGCCCCUACCGGCGCUCCGACGACCUCUGCCUCGCGUGCAUCGCCAACCUGCUCCUCACCUGCUGCUUCGCGUCGGGAGUGGUCAUCCAGCUCUGCGACAGCACCGAGUACGAAGACAUGUGCUACAAGCUCGUUGGCUACAAGACCUCGCGCAGCGCCACCAUCUUUGUCGUCGUCCUCACCGCCGCUAUGCUCGCCGUCUCAAUAGCCAUCAUCCUCGUAUCGACGGUCAGCGCCGCGAGGGCGAAGACCAUGCGGCUCGUCUCGUCGAAGCGCGAGCCGAUGCGCGAUGGCAUCACCCUCGCCGACGGCCAGCAGUGGCACCUCUUCCUCAGCCACGUCUGGAGCACGGGGCAGGACGCCGUCGCCGUCAUCAAGAACGAGCUUCUGCAGUUCCUGCCCGGCUGCGAGAUCUUCCUCGACGUCGACGACCUCAAAAACAUCGGAGAGCUGGAGGCGUACAUUGGACGCUCGCAGGUGGUGCUCUGCUUCCUCUCGCGGGGCUACCUGCGCUCGACGAACUGCCUGCGAGAGAUCCGUGCCGCGCUGGAGAAGGGCAAGCCGCUCGUGCUCGUCCACGAGGCAGACCCGGACAAGGGCGGAGGCACGCUCGCCGAGCUGCGGUCCGAAUGCCCCGAGGACCUGCAGGCUGCUAUCUUCGACGCCGGCUGGCCGAUGGCGGUGUGGCAUCGGAUCGAGGACUUCCAGCACGUCUCGCUCAAGGUCAUCGCCGAGGCGCUGCUGCUGAAGACGCCAAAGUACGCGGGCGAGGACGAGCUGCCCCUGUGCAUCCCGGGCGAGGUCCGAGCCGAACACCUCGCCUUCCCCAAGCCGGUGGUCCUCUGGGCCUCGACUUUGAACGCCGGGGCGCGAGACCUCGCCGACGCGGUCGUGGCGGCCAUCGCUGGCGGCCUCUCGAUCACCGACGCGACGCCCUCGCGCCUCUCCUCGCUGCCUCGCUCGAGCGACAGCGGCGGCGACGGCGACGAGGCGACGCACAUGCUGCUCUACCUGAACAGGUCGACGUGGGCCGGCGAUGGCGCCGAGGCGCUCGCAGAGCAGGUGCGCUCCGCGCGCGAGGCCAGGCUGCCCAUCGUCAUGGCGCACGAGAACGACGCCGUCCGCAACGGCUGCAUCUUUGGCCACUUUUUCGAGGUGACGCCGCGCGACCUGAUUGCCGAUGGGCUGUACGACAGCCUCGCCGUCGGCUGCCACUCGGGCCCGCACCGGCAGGUGUCGCUCGCUCUCCUCGCAAACGCGCUUGGCGCAACCAAGCAGACGGCCCAGUCGCGCGUGAGCCGCGUCACUCACGCUCGAGUGACGCAGACCCGCGGCUCCUCUUCAACGACGAAGCCGUCGAAUGGCGAAGAGUCGGCGACGCAGGCUCGCCAGAUCGUCUGAGCGGAACAGCUUCCGCAUAGCAAACCACGGGUGGCGCACACACAUGCACCGACGUUCACCAUGAUGUAUGCGCACCACCGUGGCGUGCACCGACGUUCAUUACCUCGCGCUGGGACUGACCGUACUUUUAGCUUACUGGGAGAAGAGGGAGAGGGGGUUGUGUUGUUCUUGUGUAUGAUUGAGGGCCCACAGCGUCCUAAUCUAUCA